AUGAGUAGCGUACAAGACUCUAUCAUCUUCGGCAACAUAUUGUCAACGCCCGAGUCGGCCGAAAUCUGGUCAGACCACACGAGGACGCAGUACUACUUGCAGUUUGAAGCCGAACUCGCCACAGCCCAGGCGCAACUUGGGAUUAUCCCGGCGUCAGCUGCCAAGCUCAUCGUCAAGCAUUGCGACGUAAAGUACAUUGACUUUGCAGAGCUAAAGAAGGAGACCGAGCUUGUCGGCUAUCCUGUGCUAGGAGUUGUGAAGCAGCUCGUCAAAAAAGUCAAUGAUGUGGAAGCCGGGACAGGAGAAUGGGCUCAUUGGGGGGCCACGACCCAAGAUGUUACUGAUACAGCUACAGUCUUGCAACUACGAGACACCUUAGAGCUUAUCGAAGUCUCGCUGGCCAAGGCCAUCUCAGCCCUGAAGUCUCUAGCAUCAAAGCACAAGGCCACUCCUAUGCCUGCUCGAUCUAAUCUCCAGCAAGCAGUCCCUACUUCAUUUGGCUUCAAACUUGCACGUCUCCUUGCCACGCUCCUACGCCACCGACAACGCCUCGAGACCCUCCGCACCACAUUACUGACCCUCGAGUUCUCUGGAGCGGCCGGUACACUUGCAACACUCCCUCCAACCACAUCCUCUCCAGCGCUUGGUCUGGACUGUCAAGCUCUACUCGCCUCAAACCUCAAACUCAAAAGCCCACUCAUCGCCUGGCACACUGAACGCGAUACCAUUGCCGAGUAUGGCGCCUUCUGUGCCUUGUUGACCUCGACUUGUGCUAAGUUCGCGCUUGAUGUCAAGCUCAUGAUGCAGACAGAAGUCGGUGAAGUGUCAGAACCAUACGUUCCACACCGCGGCUCUUCAUCAACCAUGCCCCAGAAACGCAAUCCCAUCUCUUGCGCUUAUGUCACAGCCAUGAAUGCUACCGUCCGUCAACUCAGCGCCAGCCUCUAUGAGGCGAUGGUCGAAGAUCAUGAGCGCAGUACAGGCCCAUGGGAAAUUGAAUGGAUAGUUCUCCCUCAGAUAAGUACCCUGACGCACGCGACGAUAGUCAAGACGGAGGAACUGGUCAGGGGACUGGAAGUGCACGAGGAUGCGAUGAGGAAGAACUUAGACAUAACACAGGGUGCGAUUGUCAGUGAAGCAGUAAUGAUGGGCCUGGCGAAGAAACUGGGAAGACAGUAUGCGCAUGACCUGGUGUAUAAGGUCUGCCAACAGGCGGCGGAGCAGCACAGGCCUAUAAUUGAGCUACUUUGGAAGGAUGAAGAGGUGAAGAAGACUGUGAGUCGAGAGGAGCUCAAGGGUCUGUGUGACCCCGCAAAUUAUCUGGGGUAUUCUGAGACGAUGGUUGACCGAGUGCUAGAGACAUGCUGA